CGCCAGUCCAGAGCAGUCGAUCGCAGACAGACAGGAUUGACAGUCUGCAGGGCGGCGGAAGUUGCCUGCAUCCUCAUCAGUGAACUUAUGGGGUCUGUUUCAUGCUGAACCUCACUAGAGAGGAGGAGGGUUUGGGAAUACUGGCCUCCAUGUUAACACAUACCAGCCCCAGCUGCCAUGUCCUCCACCUCUGUGUCAACAUCCCCUUGUUGUGGUGGUGAUGCUGCUGCUGCUGCUGCUACUGCUGCCAUGGCAACCCAGGCGUCCGAGCAGGCUCUGCUGGCCUCAGACCGCUACGCCAGACUCAUCCUGGCUCAGAUGAACAAGAUGCGGCUCCGCACAGACUUCUGUGACGUGGGGCUCAAAGUUGGCGGCCGGGUCUUCAGGGUCCACCGGCUGGUGCUGGCGGCUAGCAGCCCCUACUUCUCUGCUCUGUUCUCCGGGGGUAUGAGGGAGGCGGAUAAAGAUGAGGUGCAGAUUCUCGGAGUGGAUACGGAAGUCUUUGAGGUUUUGCUGGACUUCAUAUACACAGGUGUGAUCAGUGUGACGGUGGAGAACGUUCAGGAGCUGAUGGUGGCGGCAGACAUGCUGCAGCUGAACGAGGUGGUGUCUAUCUGUGGAGAGUUUCUCAAGGGCCACAUGGACCCAUCCAACUGUGUGGGCAUCUUUCAGUUCCUGGAGCAGAUUGCCUGCAUGGACAUGCUGGAGUUCACUGAAAACUACAUCCAUGUUCACUUUCUGGAGGUGUGUGUUACCGAUGAGUUCAGGGGCCUGUCCAAUGAUCAGUUAGUGAGGCUGCUAAGAAGUGAAGAGCUGAGAAUUGAGGAUGAGUACCAGGUAUUCACUGUAGCCAUGGACUGGGUCCUUCAAGAUGUGGCAAAGAGGAAAAAACAUGUGGUGGAGGUGUUGGAGCCAGUCCGCUUCCCUCUGCUUUCACCGCAGAGACUGUUCAAGUACAUAGAAGGUAUUACAGACUUCAGCCUCAGGGUGGCACUGCAGACUCUGCUGAAGGAAUACACUGAAGUCUCGAAGUCUCCCAAAGAAAAUAAGAUGUACAGUCAGUUACAACCAGCCAAGAUGAGACCCAGAAGAAAAGCCAGGAAAUACCUUUAUGCCAUAGGAGGCUACACUCGGCUGCAGGGCGGCCGCUGGAGUGACAGCCGGGCAUUGAGCUGUGUGGAGCGCUUUGACACCUUUAACCAGUACUGGACCACUGUGUCAUCCCUGCACCAGGCCCGGAGCGGGUUAGGGGUCGCUGUGCUGGAAGGCAUGAUCUAUGUGGUGGGAGGGGAGAAAGACUCAAUGAUUUUUGACUGCACAGAAAGAUAUGACCCGGUGACCAAGCAGUGGGCCGCUGUGGCGUCGCUGAACUUCCCUCGCUGUGGAGUUGGCGUCUGCCCCUGCUACGGAGCUCUGUAUGCCCUCGGUGGCUGGGUUGGCUCUGAGAUCGGGAAGACGAUGGAACGAUACGACCCAGAGGAGAACAAGUGGGAAGUCAUCGGCAGCAUGGCUGUUCCUCGUUACUACUUCGGCUGCUGUGAGCUACAGGGGUUUAUUUAUGUGAUUGGAGGAAUCAGUGACGAAGGGAUGGAGCUGCGCUCAGCUGAGGUGUAUGACCCCAUCUCGCACCGAUGGAGCGCCCUGCCCGUCAUGGUCACACGUCGAGCCUAUGUGGGCGUCGCCUGCCUCAAUAACUGCAUUUACGCGGUGGGCGGAUGGAAUGAGGCACUGGGUGCACUGGAGACAGUGGAGAAGUACUGUCCAGAAGAGGAGAAAUGGGUCGAGGUGGCCUCGAUGUCUACAGCUCGCGCAGGAGUGUCAGUGUCAGCAGUUAAUGGUCUGCUGUACGCCGUAGGAGGAAGGGCCGCCAGCAGAGACUUCUCUGCCCCGGUGACGGUGGACUCUGUGGAAAUCUAUGACCCUCACCUGGACACCUGGACUGAAGUUGGCAACAUGAUCACCAGCCGCUGCGAUGGCGGGCUGGCUGUGCUCUGAUAGCCAGGAAUAUUCAAAUUGUGAGCGUCCCUAUCAGCGCCUUGCAAAAAAAAAAAAAAAAAACUGCAUUAACUGAAGAGAAGCUGCACUUUAAGAAACACAAAAAAAUGUUUCUGUCUCAAGUAGGCUUUUGCAUUAUCGUGUUAUUUAUACAUGGAAUGCUCGUGUUUUUUCCUUUUUACAUUUGACCUUGAUUCAACACAACAAUAUGACGGCAGAUCAAAAACUGUAAAACUGCCAAAACUGCUUGUUACACGACCAGUCUGUAUUUUCAGUUCACUAAAUGAUUUUACAAGACUUUCAUAGUUGCAGACUUGUUUUCCUCUUUUAUGUUUUUGCAGACAAAACGAUCCUUAUGAUAAGGACACUUUUUCACCAUGAGAGUUUUAUUUUGAGUGGACCAGAGAGUUUUUCUUCCUGUUCAGACUGAACACUAUUCUUAGAUAAGAUGUUUUGAGAUGUUUUCUCUUUAUUUUCCUUCAGAGAAAUGUUUGUGGUGAGUGCAUUUGCUACUUGGAAGAUUUAUCAAACCACUUGAGCCUAUUUAAUAAAUGGGACCAAAGUCCCAUGUUCAGUGAUUUCUGUAAAUAAUUAUAAACUUGAACAGCACAUCACUGUUGCCACACACAGUGCAGUUAUGGCUCAGUAUUGUUCACUGGAUUAUUUUUGUAUGAUACUGUAAAUGAUAGUGCCUCUUUGUCACUAUGUACAAUUCAGUCCAAAUCAUUUCACUCAUGCGCAGAACCUGAAAUUACAAGUUUGUUGUGUUUAUCUUCUUCAUGGUAAGUCAUCAUGUUUCCUCUGGAUGUUGAAGCUCAUCGCAUUUGCAAGCCAAGUGGAACCGUUGCACAGACAGCAUUUUAAUAUUGUGUACUGUUAUUCCUUCGUAAAACAACAGAACUUUCAUAUUGCACAACAGUAAUAACAUCUUAUUGGUUGCUUUUCAGACCUAAUAAACUUCAGAAAAGUCA